AUGAUCGAAAAAUCGACGACAAGUUGUGCUCCUAUACUUUUAGCUAUUGUUGCCUUUAUUUUUUUGAUUGAACCUGGUGAGUUGGAAAUUUUAAGUGAAGCUUAAUUUUCUGCAAUUUUUUUUAUUUGAAAACAAAUUCAGAAUCUGAAAAUUCAGAUCGUGUUUUAAAUAGUCUACAAAUUUCAGAGUUUUUCAAAAAAAAAAAAAUGUAAGCUCGAGUUCAAAAAAUAUUUUUUUUCCAGUCAAUUGCUUGGGAUGUAUGGUUAAAGUUUGUGGAAAUAAUGCGCAGAAUGAAUUGAGAAGAUGUCCCGAUAUCGAUGGAUCUUGUGGAAAUUAUCAUACUGAAAGGUACGUCUCUUCGUCAAAAAAUUCAAAAUUUAUUCAUACACAAAUCAAAAAUAAAAAAUAGCUCUCUGAACUUCGUCUAAACACUUAUCUCGAUUUCUAACCAUUCGAAUUUCAGUAAAAUGUAAAAUAACCCGAAGUACAACAAAAAACAAAAAUAAAAUCAUUGAAGUUGUUGUCAAAUAUCCAAUUUCCUCGAAACUCCUCAAUUUCUCUUUUGAAUCAUUAUAAAAAGCAGUGAAGAACAAAUAAAAAACUGGAUAGAGAAUUGAAAAUAUUAAAGUGUGAAUAAAAGUUAUUAUAUUCAAAGUUCGAAUUGAAUAAAGUUCUAGUAGAAUUGAUAAAAUUAUUAGGAAUGGUAGUUUGAUAUUUGGAACAUUUUGAAAGAAAUUUGAAGGUUGAAGAAAAACAUAAUAAAGUAGAAGUUGAGCAAUUGUUGAUAGUAUUGAAUAAUGAAAAAUAUAUAGAAAUAAUCGAUCAAUUGCAGAACAUCGAUAAAUUAUUGGAGUGUCUGGAAAUUGAAAAAUUGAAGUGAUGUAUUUUACUACCCAAAAUUAUUCCGAAUUUUUUUUGCGACCCAUUCUUGAAAACAAUUCGUGAUCUACGUUAAAAAUUAGGCUUAGGAAAAGUUGUGUUCAAAAGUUUGAAGCCUAUAUUUUGGGAUACAAAUGACAAACUGUUUUUUUUUUUGGAAUAAAAAAAAAUAAUUUAAAAAUUCUGCAAACCUUGAAAAGCCUUAUCCAAUUGUCCAUGAAAAAUGAAAACAAUUUGUUGAAAUUCGGAAACUUUCAACGAAGAAUAUACAGAAAAAUGAGGUCGUUUAUUACCACUCAUUUUUCAUCACUUUUUUCUUUUUUCCAGCAAAAAGAACAAAUAAUUUUUUUUUGCUUUUGUUGUUUUCUUUUCUGACAUUUGCCAACAACAAAUAACUGGAAGAAGGAAAAAAAAAGAACACAUGUGAUAGAUAUUUAGAAGAAAUGAAAAUGAAAAUGAGAAAAAAUAUAUACGAAAAAUAAAAAGUUGAACGAAACAAAAACACAACACAACAAAAAUAAACAAAUAAAUAAGUGAGAUCAAAUAUUUUUUGAAGAUCAUCUGGUGAAAUUAUCGAUGCUGUUGAUGUCAAAUGUCAAUCUGGCGAACCAAUUUAUGCUCCAAUCGAAGGAGAAAUGUAUUUUUGGCGGCCAUUUGGUGGCAAAAAAGAGAAAUCAUGCGCAGAUCAAGGUGUUCGAAUUGAAGGAACUGGACAAUGGCAAGGUUAUGCUGUGCAUAUAAGUUCGAUUAAAUUGUCAUUUUUUGGAGGACAAGUUAAACCAGGAAUGGAGAUUGGAGAAGCGAUUGAUCGAAAUUGUUAUUCGGAUGCUGGACAAAGAGAUGUUGAACCGCAUGUUGAAGUUAGAUUGUAUAAAGAGGGAAGGCUUAUUGAUCCAACACAUCAUUUACAAAGUUGUAUGUGUACUGGACAGAUUUGUGAAUCGAAUUCCAGAAAUAUUUUGUUGGGAGAACCUUUCAAAACUGACAAGUAGGUUUGAGAAAAAAAUUAAGAAACUUCUAUUUUAAAAAAUGUUAUUGCAGACGCUUCAAUGGUGUUCGAGGUUGGGAUAUUGAAUGUCAAAAAAUCGAUGACGAUGAAAUUGAUUCGCCACGUGUUCCUUUGAUCUUUUCACCGAUUGAUGGAGAAAUUGUUGGAAGGUUUGAUCUCGAUAACAUCAGAAGAUAACAAUUCAAAAAAAUAUUUUUUUUCAGAAUUCGUUUGUAUUCCGAUAACAAUAAUGCUUAUAAUGGUUGUGAUAAUGAUGGAAUCUUCAUUGUUGGAGCCGAGAAAUGGAUCGGAUUCGAAGCUCGAAUCUACAAUGUGAAAGCUCGAAGUGAUAUUGGAUUUGGGCGAACUCGAAUUGUUCAAGGUGAACCAAUCGCAAAUCGGCUUGAUUGCGAAAACAGUCCAGAUAGUGUUUUUGUUGAGAUUCGACACGAAGGUCGAGUUGUUAAUUUAACCGAUAUUAUUACUGCUUCCAAGUGUAAACUUCCAGAUUUACCAGCUGUUUAA